GCCAUGACACCGUUAGGGUACUUACAACCAGACUUCAACGAUGUGCCAAAUCAAUAUAGUCUGUGAUCACCUUGUUCUGUGGAACGACAGGCUGAUCUCAGGCCUUACUUCCACCGUGGUGAACUGAUGAGGUACCUAGUAGGCACGUUUCCAGCGGAGCUUGGGGGGAUAAGACCCAUGCCCGGGCUGGAGCUUUCCCUGUCUCGAGCUCAGCACUAGCGAAUGCGAUAGCUCCCGCACCCGCCACCCCGUGCCGGCUAACGGCAGGGCACAGGGGGACCCCAAUUCUCCUACGAACUUCCAUCUGUCUCAACAAGAAGCACCGUGUAAUAAAGCCCUCGUGGCCGCCGGGUUGAACCUCCAGCCGACUUGCAAGGAGCUUUACAUCGGACGCUUUGCAUGUGAUCUGGAUGCCGAAAAUCUUCUACCAGCACAAUCAAGUACAUUAACUGCUCAAUCGGCCACCAGUGUUCAACAAACUCCUGCUACGACAGCUAUUUGCAUCUCGACGUCAUCACGAUGGCGCCUCUCGUCCCACGAUUCCACCUCUUUGAGAUUGACGACCAGACUUGGUUCCCCUCCUUCCUCCGAGCUUACGUCCAAGAAGGCCUCCACGCAGCCUGGGUCUACCGCGUCCCCGUCUUACAAACCUCCUCCCCGGCCCGCGUCGCGGCCCAGAUCCUCCAACACGUCCUCGGCCCCCGCCUCCCCUCCUACACCUUCAUCGACUUCUGCGCCGGCUCCGGCGGUCCCACCCCGGCCAUCGAGCGCUUCGUCAACCGCCACCUCACCGCCCAGAAGCAGCCCAACGUCGACUUCGUGCUGACGGACCUGCACCCCAACACCGAGUCCUGGGCCCGCGCCGCCGCGCGCAGCGAGCACAUCGGCUACGAACCAAAGAGCGUCGACGCCGCGCACGCGCCGCGCGAGCUGGUCGACGGGUAUACCUCCAAGGGCAAAAAGGUGUUUCGCCUGUUUAACCUGGCGUUCCACCACUUUGACGAUCCGCUGGCCAAGGCGAUUCUGAAGAACACACUCGAGACGUCGGAUGGCUUCGCUAUCAUGGAGCUGCAGGGCCGCGACCUCUUGUCGUUCAUCAUGCCCGCGAUCCUUGGUAUCGGCUGCUUCAUCUUCGCGCCGCUCUACGCCUGGAGGCUACGCAGCUUCUCCGUGCUCAUUUUCACCUAUCUCAUCCCGAUCAUUCCGUUUGUGUUGGUGUUCGACGGGUACAUUUCUGCGCUGAGGACGAGGACGCCGGACGAAGUGGAGGCGUUGAUGAAGUCGUGUGGCGGCCGGACCGAAGGGUGGGAGUUCAAGAGCGGUAAGGAGAUAUAUAUGCCGCCCGUUGGUUCUGUGAGAUGGAUUGUGGCGGAGAAGAUUUCUUCUAGAGAUUGGUAGAUUUGGGGGCUAGAGGAAAAGAGGAAGAAUCUCGACUGAAAGAACAUACAAAACUAAAAAUAAACGAAGACAAGACCGA